GAGAACGGCAGAAAUGGGCAUUUCCAAAAACGUGGCCACUCUCACAUUUUUGGUGGUUCUGCAGUUAUCGCACCGCGUGCUUUCAGACACAGACAACAAGUGCCUGAUUGUGCAAGGGCAGCCGGGUCUCAACGGCCGCGAUGGAAGAGACGGGGCCAACGGUUUAAAAGGUGACCCAGGUCCUCCUGGACCAGCUGGAGCUCCAGGUUUGAAAGGGAGCUUAGGAGCUCCAGGUAAAGCAGGACCUCAGGGGCUGAAAGGAAACCAAGGAGACAAAGGAACCCAAGGUGUCCAAGGACUAAAAGGGGAGAAGGGGUCACUUGGUCCUGUUGGAACACAAGGUGCCAAAGGGGCUUCAGGUGGCACUGGACCUCCAGGAAUUCCAGGCGCUAAAGGAGCUGCCGGUGCCAAGGGGGAUAAAGGAGAUCCAGGGCUAAAAGGGGACAGGGGUUUGCCAGGUCCUGCUGGAAUCCAAGGUGCUAAGGGGGCUUCAGGCGCAACUGGGCCACCAGGAGUUUCGGGUGCCAAAGGAGCUGCUGGCGUGAAGGGGGAUAAAGGAGAUCCAGAUAAGACCAUGACCACAAAAGUUACAAGUUUGGAGAGCAGGAUUUCUGCUCUAGAGAAGAAGCUGGCAUCCCUCCAGAAGGUUCUCUACUUCGAAGCUGGAGCGAUCUCCUCUGGGAACAAAGUGUACGUGAGCAACAGAAGGGAAGCUGAUUACACGACUGCGAGAGCCAACUGUGAACAGUUCCAGGGGACGCUGCCGACUCCCCAAACCAGCGCCGAGAACGCGGCCAUCGCCCAGAUUACGAAAGCCUUAAACAGGAGAGUGUUCCUUGGCAUCAAUGACAUUAAAGAUGAAGAGGUUUUUGUUUAUCUCAAUGGGAACAAAAUUGGUUAUAAAAACUGGUACGCGAAACAACCGGAUGGAAAAAGGGGCGAAAACUGCGCUGAGAUGAUGGAAAUUGGACAGUGGAACGACCGGGCCUGUGGCGCUAGGAACAUAGUCUUAUGUGAAUUUUCAGUGUGAUGACUACAUUAUUAGUUUAAAUUUAAAA